UUGUUAUCCAUUUCCUCCAUCUUUAUCUCCUUCUUCUUCUUAAUCUGUGUUUCUCCUUCUUUUGUAAAAGAAAAUGUCUUGCUGCGGAGGAAACUGUGGAUGCGGUUCUGGCUGCAAGUGCGGCAGUGGCUGCGGAGGGUGCAAGAUGUACCCAGAUUUCUCUAUCUCUGGAGAGACGACAAGCACAGAGACCAUCAUUGUUGGGGUCGCUCCUGGGAAAGCGUAUUUCGAGGCUUCCGAGAUGGGCGUAGGGGCCGAGAACGAUGGCUGCAAAUGCGGAGCUAACUGCACCUGCGAUCCUUGCACCUGUAAGUGAGGAUCGGAUCGGAUCGGAU